AUCGGUUUCAUCGUCCUAGACCCACCCGCUUCAAGUUUAGGAAAAAGUGUGUUGCGGAAAAGGCAGAUCCAAAGCGACAGGGCGACGCGUAAAAGCGAGAUUGCUGGCGCAGGAUCCGCCUUUGGAUAGCUCAUUCUUGCAUUUGCCUCGAUGAAGUCCCAUUGCUCUGCCCUCCUCUUCCUCGCGACGGCUAUCCUUGCUGCCGGUCCCUUGGCGCCGUGCGACCAAGCGCAGCUCAUUGCAGCGACAACACCCGUCAACUCGGGACCAAUCGCCAAGGCUUGCUUGACCAGCGCCUCGAUCAAGGACAUGCAGGCCCUCUUCAACGCGCCGCUGACACCCACGCAAGCCUCGAUCUUCACAAAAAGCCCCAAAUGCCAGACGUGGUACUCGGCGUACACGGGUGUCCUCGCCAACGUCACGCCCUGUGCGAUGCCCAACGGCAUCGACGUCCGAGCAAUGGCGACAGUGCCCUUCGCUAGCUUCUUGACUGAACUGCAAAAGGCGGCCAAUGCGACCACGGCAACGAACGCAACGACACCGUCGUCAAGCAGUUCCGUCGUCGCUCCUGCUGGAAGCUCUUCCUCCGACAGUGCACCGUCGCCUCCUAAAACGACGGCAGCCUCCCGAGCGGCGGCCAACACGACAUCGACGGCGACUUCUUGGGCCGUCUCGGUGGCAACAGUGACGGCAACCGCCGCGCUCUACUGGUAACUCGGCUCACGAUGCACGCAAGCGAUAAUGCAGUCCAUUUUUUACAUCCUUACAUCCUGAAUCCUUC